GACUUUUAAAUUCAGUUGUGAAUUUCUUGCCCAUCGAUGUGGACUUAGCUGCCGUCACCAACAGUUGUGUCAUUGUGACUUCUACAUUCGCUCGAUUUGUGUGUAACGCGCGCGUUUAUUUUCAAAAAGCGCAACAGUUUUUUUUCUUUGCUGAAUUUUUCAAUCUUUUGAGGCUAAAAACUAAGUUUUCCCCCAAACCGUGUGUGCGUAUGUUUGAUUGUUUGUAUGCUUGGGGUGUACUAAUUACAAGAUUUUCUUAUUGAAACUCAGAAACAACUGAAUUCGUUUUUCAAAAAAACAAAUGCAACAAGUGUAGUGAACAAAAUAAAUCAUUUUUAAUUGAAAACACAACCUACGGGGAGGAAUAAUCAAAUACCAGAUCAUUGUAAUUAAAUUGAUGGUGUAAUUCUGCCCGCCUUUACAAAAUGCAGACAACAAGAUUUUCAACGCUGUUAAGCUUUAUCCUAAUAGCAGUGCUGUUUUAUGUCUCACCAACAGAAGGAUGCUCAUGCAUGCCAAGUCAUCCUCAAAGUCAUUAUUGUGGCGCAGAUUAUGUCGCUUUGGUUCGCAUUAUGAGAAAGUCUGAGAAAUUGGUAUCCAAUAAAGUUGUAUACAAGGUGCAGGUUAAAAAGUCAUACAAGAUGACCGAGGAGGGUCAAAUGACACUUAGACAUGGUCGCAUAAUAAGCUCCUCUGCAGACAGCAUGUGUGGCGUUAAUUUGGAACUUGGAAGACUAUAUGUUAUCGCUGGACGAGGAAGUCAAUUGAAUUUGUGUCACUAUGCCAAAGAAUACAAAAAAAUGAGCAUAAUCGAAAGGACGGGAUUUACGGGUGCCUAUAAAAGGGGAUGUUCGUGUAGUAUAACACCUUGUUUUGGAAAUAGUUGCCUGUCUAAAGUCAGUCGAUCGAACAACGAAUGCAAAUGGUCACCAUUUGGCAAAUGUGAAACCGAUUACAGUGCCUGUUUCCCUUCGAUAAAUCCAAAGGGAAUGUCAGAGCCUGUGAUUAAAUGUCGCUGGCGAAGAACGGUACCUUAUGAUGAGUGUAGGAUGAAUCCUUAAACAUAAGGCCUUUAAGAAGCUGCUGCCAUCGUUUUCUUAUUUUACACUUUUCAACGAUGGCAGUUCCAAACGAAAAAAAAAAAAAUUGAUGUAAUUUUCAAAAAUUAAAAACAUGUGCCAAAAUAGUUGCCAUCAUUACAUUUUAUCCGUGUUUGUAUUCUACAUUUCUCCACAUACUUAUAUUUCGAUAUAUGGUAUGGCUGUCCAUUAGAUUUUAGAAAUUUAUUGUGUAAUCGUGUAUGUAUGUUAACUGUAAUUUUUAUGUGUUAUAGUCUAUAAGUCCCAUGAAACGAAAACAAAAAAUGUUAUUUAAUAAAAAAAAUCUGAAAUCCCCUCCCUUCGAUGUUACCAAAUUCGAAACCAAAGAA